UUAAUAUCAGAACAAAGAAGUGAAGGAAAAUGCUGGCCGUUGAUUAAAGUCACGUGUGAUGGUUGUCCGAGAUCUCCUAAAAUAUAAUGACCCUGAAGUGCAUUCGUAUCUACUGCCUCUUUCGUCACGCACUAUCAUUGAAGCGAUUUAGCCGCUUCUCAAACCCUAGCUCCACAAGAAACCCUAACCCUAAUUUCUCCAUGGCUAAGAAGCGAAAGCUCCGUUCUUCCGAGCCCGAAUCCUCCAAAGCCCCUGAGCAAGAGGAGCAGCCACAGCCCACGCAGGAAGAAGAUGAUCAGACCAAAUUUGAACCCAUCCAGGAAGACGAAGAUCAGCCACAACACAUGGCUGAAGACGAACCCAAACACGAAGCCCAAGGAGAAGAAGAAGAGGAGGAGGAGGGGGAAGGGGAAGAGGAAGAGGAAGAAGAAGGUGACCAGGAAGGAGAUGUGGACGCGUCGAAUGAAGCCGUCGCGGAUGAGGUGCCAGCGGAUGCGAACGGCGAUGGGGUUGAGGAGGAUGAAGGGGAUGUGGAGGAUGAGGAGAUUGAGAAGCUUCUGGAGCCCUUCUCGAAAGAGCAGCUGCUGGCUUUGCUUCGGGAGGCAGUGGAAAAGUACCCGGACUUCGUUGAUAGCGUACGAAGACUCGCCGACGCCGACCCGGCUCACCGAAAAAUCUUCGUCCACGGCCUGGGAUGGGACACGACCGCAGAAACCCUAACCUCUGUGUUUGGCAAGUAUGGUGAGAUUGAAGACUGCAAGGCCGUAUCGGACAAGAUCUCCGGAAAAUCCAAGGGAUACGCCUUUAUUCUGUUCAAGCACCGGAGCGGCGCUCGCAAGGCGCUGAAGCAGCCGCAGAAGAAGAUUGGAAAUCGGAUGACCUCGUGCCAGCUAGCCUCUGCCGGCCCCGUUCCAGCGCCGCCACCGGUGGUACCUCCGGUGUCUGAGUAUACUCAAAGAAAGAUUUUUGUGAGCAAUGUUUCUUCGGAGAUCGAUCCGCAGAAGCUACUAGAGUUCUUUGCGAAGUUUGGGGAAAUCGAGGAGGGUCCAUUAGGCUUAGAUAAGUCGACUGGGAAGCCCAAGGGUUUCGCUUUGUUCGUUUACAAGUCGAUUGAGAGCUCGAGGAGGGCAUUGGAGGAGCCACACAAAAUUUUUGAGGGUCACACACUGCAUUGCCAGAAGGCAAUUGAUGGGCCGAAGCCAAAUAAGCCUUUCCACCAUCACCACCACCAACACCAACCACAUUACCCUUCAAGGAAGGACAAAUCAAAAUACUCAGCCAACGCCGCUGGCCCAGGGCACCUGAUGGCACCAUCAGGGCCAUCAAUGACUUUGAACCCAGGUGUUGCACCAGCUUUGAACCCGGCUCUUGGGCAAGCAUUGACUGCAUUGCUUGCUUCACAAGGGGCAGGACUGGGGCUCACCAAUCUGCUUGGAGGUCUUGGUGGUGCACCAGUGAACCAGGCUAUGCCGCCUGCGGCACAUGGAAUGCAGGGAAUGCAGGGUGGGUAUGGAAAUCAGGGUGCUGGCAGCUACGGAAGUCAGCCGGGAAUGCAGGGCGGGUACCAAAACCCACAAAUGGGGCAGGCCAGUGGAGGCAGGCCUCAGCAGGGUGGGGCACCGUAUAUGGGUCACUAGGUGUUGAACUGGGCCUUGUAUAAAAAGGCCUUUGAGCAUGAAUGACGCAUCCUCUUUGAAAACUACCCAUAAACACUUGGUAGUUAAUUUACCUUUCUAAGCGCUAAUAAGUAAUGGUUGUCAGCAUGUUUCUGAUCUUACCAAACUCAAAUGCUGAUAGUAUGCCUCGUUCCUAUUACCAUUUUGCAUAUUCUAGCAAUAUUGUCAUUCAUUUUGGCUAAUUAAUAGCAUGAAGGCAGAAUUCCUUGGUUACUGAUGCAUUUCUUGUUUUCUCAGCAUAUAAAUUUAUAAUUUUUUGGCCCAUUAAUUCAUAUAAGCAUAAACCAUUCUUGUUGGUCAGCCAGAGGCUUUUUGAUAGGAUUACCUGUUACCAGAAAACUCUUCUUCCUUAGCAAAAUUGAGUAAGUUGGAUCUAAUGAUUUGAUCAUGAAAAACAAUUAUAUAAUCUGCUUUUUGAAUUUUAAGUGAUUUGAUUCAAGAAUUUUUUGACAUUAUUACAACAUAUUCUGACUGAUUUAUUCAUUGGGAGAAAGCGAUCCUUAUUCUUUAUGAAAAUUAUAGAAGCUUCGGGUUAUUGUAUUUACGCGUCCCCCUCUAUCAUGGUUGUUUGAAUGACUAUCCUAUAGUUUCAAGCACUCUUGCUUCCUUUUUGUGUAUGAGGGUGUUACAUGAAGUUUCAUAGACAAUUUGGACAAAACUUCUAUUAGAUUGACAAUUUAUGAAUCAGAGAUAGCUUAAAGUAUUGCAAAGAUGAAUUGGCAACAAUUUAUGGAUAUAGGGCAGUUGUUGCUUAUUAGUGAAAGAUGCCUCACUCCUUUUUGUGUCACUAGUUUGGUGGAGAUUUUAGUUGUUUUUAUUUGUAGUUCCUUUUAACGAAAAGAUGGAUCUUCAAGGCUGUACCAUAGGAAAAGUUAGAUUUGGGGAGGUUUUUAAAUGUGUCUUAUUUUACCCCCUUACUAGGGCUUUGAGAGUAGAAGUUUUGGUGGUAAUAUUAUAAGUUCUUUGGAUUAUUAUUAUUUUAGGAAUUGCUGCCAAAUUUGUACUGAAGAUAUGGAAUUGAAACAAAAUUUCUAAUUUUACAAUCUAGAAUUUUAUGUGAUUUCUUUUUCAAAUGAAAAUGGCUUCACUAAAUGACUUUCAAUGUUUUAGAUAUUGCUGCCAGUAUGUGUUAGAACGAUCAUUUUAUAAUUAAAGAAAACUCAGUAUCAAUGUGCUCAAAUUGAUGUCAUUUUGUCAUCUUGCAGAUAAAAAAGUGUGCAAAGGUGGUAUGGUUCAAAUUUAUCUCUUGGAUUUAUGUGCUCAUUUGUAUGUGAAGUAGACAUUUUUACAUGGGUCAGACAUUUGCAAAAGUAUUUUAGUGAUUAUAUCUUGUCUUUGGUGUAUAAAUCUAGUGGCCUUCCUGAUGAAACCUCUAUGGCUGAUUAUGGUUGUCUAGUUGGUGAGCAUAUUUGAUUUAUCUUAUGCAUGGCUGCACUACUUGUUCCUUUUUAUGUUGGAUGAAGUUCUAGUAUUUUAUGCUUGAUGUUUGGUUCAAUCAGGUCAAAUUUGAUUAGUGUUUGAGUUCAUAUUAAAGUGCAGUUCUAUCAUUUGUGGGCCUUUUUUAAAUUUCCACACUCAUGUCAUUCUCUUCAAAACCAUUCCCUUGCUUGCAUUAUAGCAUGAUAAAACGAGUUAAUUAUGCUUUUUAAACUUCUUACUCCUAAAUUACCCAAGGUAUGACAUUUCCACUUUUACUUGUUAUAUUUGCUUUUCUACUCGAAAUUUUUUGUUUUGGAAAUUAGAUUUUUAUAUUUUUUACCUAUUCAUUGUGCAGAUUCCUCCAUAGAUGCAUCAAUCUUUUAGUUUUGGACUCUGGUGAUUCUUCUCAAGUUCCAGGCACUCUUGCAAAUGACGUCUUUUAUGUGACGAAAAGUUACUGUUUCCCCUACUAUAAAGACCAGAAUCUUAAACCUGUAUUUUUUUUUCAUUUAAGUACUUUUCCCCCUUCGCAAGUUUUCAAAACAAUGUAGUAUUUUGGUUCCGAUCUUUUGUUUCUUCAAAUGCGAUGGGGAGCAGCAAGAGUUUUCAGGCAGAGAACACUAUAUCUUGCCAGAAUUUUAAGUGGUUUAAUCAACAAUGUUUUUCUUA